AUGAUCAUCUUCUCCUCGCGCAGUGUGCUGCUGUCAGUCUACUACCCACAGAUCUUCUUGAUCCUUACAAGCGGUAGCUACCUGGCCCUGUCCUCUGUGGUGGCCCUAGGUGCCAACAUCAUCUGCAACAAAAUCCCUGGCCUGGCACCUCGCCAGCGUGCCAUCUGCCAGAGCCGCCCUGACGCCAUCAUUGUCAUUGGUGAAGGUGCCCAGUUGGGGAUCAAUGAAUGCCAAUACCAGUUCCGAUAUGGCCGGUGGAACUGCUCUGCUCUGGGAGAGCGCACUGUCUUUGGACAGGAACUUCGAGUAGGCAGUAGGGAAGCAGCCUUCACGUAUGCCAUCACAGCCGCUGGAGUUGCCCAUGCUGUGACGGCUGCCUGCAGUCAAGGCAACCUGAGCCAUUGCGGCUGCGACCGUGAGAAGCAGGGCUACUAUAACCAAGAGGAGGGCUGGAAGUGGGGCGGGUGUUCAGCUGACAUCAAGUACGGCAUUGAGUUCUCGCGGAGGUUCGUCGAUGCCCGUGAGAUUAAAAAAAACGCCCGGCGACUGAUGAAUCUCCACAACAAUGAAGCAGGAAGAAAGGUGCUAGAAGAAAGGAUGAAACUGGAAUGUAAAUGCCAUGGUGUCUCAGGGUCCUGUACUACCAAGACCUGUUGGACCACCCUGCCAAAGUUCCGUGAGAUUGGCUAUGUGCUAAAGGACAAAUAUAAUAAGGCAGUGCACGUAGAGGUGGUGCGUGCCAGUCGUCUGCGCCAGCCCACAUUCCUCAAAGUGAAGAAGUCGCAGGGCUACCGAAAGCCCCUGGAAACGGACCUGGUCUACAUCGAGCGUUCGCCCAACUACUGUGAGGAAGAUGCCAAGACCGGCAGUGUCGGCACGCAGGGUCGUCUCUGCAACCGCACCUCACCUCACACGGAUGGCUGCGACCUCUUGUGCUGCGGCCGAGGCUACAACACGCACCAGUACACUAAGGUGUGGCAGUGCAACUGCAAGUUCCAGUGGUGCUGCUUCGUCAAAUGCAACACGUGCAGUGAGAGGACGGAGGUGUUCACAUGCAAAUAA